CUUCAUCCCGCCCGCCUCCACUUGAUCAAUUAUUAAGAGACAAAAGAAGUUAUAAAUCAUUAUAUAAAUAUAUUAAGAAUACAUUUCUAACAAUAUAAAAUAAAGUGAAGUGAUAAGUGAACUGUGAAAUGAAAAGCAUACAUAGAUAAUAAAAAUAGACUUGACUUAAAGGUCUCAGUUACCAGGUCAUAAAAUCCCAAAAAAAAAAAAUGAUUAUAUCAAAAAUUGUAAAUUAUCAUACUAGCAUUAUCCAUAUAAAAUAGAAUUCUCUGUAUCUGUAAUAAUUAUUAUAUCAUAUCGGAAUACUUUACUUAUUAGUAAUUACUUUUUACAUCGAUUUGGACUAUGGAGGAACCUAUUGAACCGAGCAAAGAUGAUUGCUGCAACAAUGGUUGUAAUCCUUGUAUUUUUGAUGUUUAUGAUAUGCAAAUGAAACUGUUUAGAAAAUCUAAGGAGAAAGCAAAUAUUUUUUAUUUACUACACUAUCUAUGAUAUAAAUAUGCACCGUUUUUUGUAGUAGAAGCGAUAGACAUAUGUCGCUAUCAUAAAUUAAUUAAAUUUAAAAAAAGAACUGAAGGAAACACUGUUUCAUGGAAACCCGGCAGUCAUUUUUUUAUUCUUAUUAGAUUGGAUGAAGAUAAAUAUUCCAGAGCUUACACCCCUAUUAAAUUAACAACACAAUUAAAAGAGGAUUUUGACUUUUCAAUUAUUAUUAAAUCAUAUGAGGGUGGUCUAGUUUCAAAGUAUUUAUAUAAUCUUGAAAGAAAUGACACUACAUUAUGGAGAGGGCCAUUCAACUCAUAUGAUGUUGUUCCCAAUAAAUAUAAAAAUAUUGUUAUGGUCGGUCAAGGAAUUGGUGUAAUACCAUUAAUUUGGAUCAUAGACAUCAUACUAAGGGAUGAGGAUGAUAUGACCAAAGUUUCCUUACAUUAUUGUUGUCAAUCAAUUGACCAAGUGUUAUUCAGAGAUGAUCUUUAUUCAUUUAAAUCAUAUUGGAAUUUUAAUUACAACAAAAUCACUUCCAAGGUUCUAGCUAUGGCAUCCAAACAAUAAGGUACUGUUUGUAAAAAUCAAAGUGGCUUGCACACAAAACAUCUUACAAACAUUACUAAGAUUCUCGGGGUUUUUUGAUAUCGAAGAUGACUGCAAUGCAGAAUUAUUAUUUCAACAAUAUUUAUGUUAAUUUGGGGUAGUCGGGGAUAUUUUUUAAAAUCUAAGAUGGUCGAUGCGUAAAUUUAUGUUUCACAUAAAAAUAUAUACUACAUAGUUUCCGAAUUUCUCAGGUUAGUAAAGAACAAAUUUGGCAUUAUUUUUUAAAUCAUAGAUUUAUAUUUGUGUGAUUGUCAUGUGGGACAUUAUUGGACAAUCUCAUAGAGAUGUCUUCUGCUGAAGAACCUGUGGCAAUGAUAGAACUAUCCACAUCUUCAGCAGCGGCUCUAUUGGUCCCUCUCAGCUCUUAGCAAAUUUUCAUUACCAGUCCUAGGCUUGUACAAUACUGAUCCUAUGCAAGGACACUGAACGAGAUGUUGGAAUCAUGGGUUCUUACCAGCAUGAACGAAAUUUGUGUAUCACUCAACCUUUGGCAAUGAAAAUUUAUAUCAUAUUUAUAUAUAAUUCAUCCACACCCAGGCUGCCCGUGGUUUCGGUUUUGAAAAUAAGUUUUUACUCAUGGCUCUAAUAUUUUCACCACCAGGGUUUUAAAGCAUUAGGCUUGGAAGAAGGUAAGUGUGUACUAAGCGUUUUAUUGGCAGGUAAAACAUAUCUAUUUAACAGCUUGACCUGUCUUCCAAGCCUAAUCUAAAACAUGAGACAUGUUUGUGAUUGCCUGGUGGGUGAAUGCAAAUAUCAGUAAGUAUUCUACUUGAUAAGUUUUGUUAAAUUUUAUUAUGUACUUGCCUAAGGGUUUAUAAUUUUAUUACAUAAUGAAAUUAAAAAUUAUUUUAUUAA